AUACCAAUCUUUCUUUCAGAAUGCCAAAAUUUCUCAACUAAAUUGAAAGAAAUUAAAGUCUGUCGUGCAAAAUUAGUCCCUACCAAAUUAUUUACCAGUGGCAUAGAAGAAUUUUGUAGCGAGUAUGAUCAUUGUACACACAUUUACAAUUCAUGUCCCGAAUUGGAAAAUCUUCCUCUAGGAAACUUUUUGAGUGUUGCAGCAACUGAAAUAUGUAAACUAGAAUGUAAAACGAAAAGUGAACUACUGAAUCAGAUGAGCAACUGUUGGGGCUUUUUGAAAGCUAAUAAUGAUAUUACUAGAAAGACAGCUAAAAGUUGGAAAUAUAAUGAAUUUUACCAAUGUAUUUCAUCUAAAUCAAGACCAGGCUGUUCUAUAACACAAAACCAGGCAUUAAGGAUUUUUCCUCUUUUUAGCCAUGAGAAUGCUCUUGAAAACAAUAGUGGUAAUAUACCAUCUGCUAACGACUGUGUUACUAAGUGGAAUAUAUUACAAGAUUUGAAAGAAUGGACAAAUGAAAUAUGCAAACAAGUCCAGGAGUCCAAAGAUUGCAUUCUAAAAAAUUUAAAGGAUAAGAAGAAAAUAAUGAACACAAUAAAUUGUAAAUGUUAUCCUGUAAAUGACAACUUCCCUAAGUUUGAUGUUUUGGACCCUGAUCACAAAAUAAAAGUCAUAUCAUCAUCAAGUCCUGCAGUAUUUGAUGGGAAAAUGGUCAGCCGGCUCUACUCUGUUACAUUGCUAUUGGUUACCAGAUUCACAAUACAACUGUGAAUAAGUCUCCUUUAGAAUCUUGGUGCUUUAGAGGGAGUGUCUGCGUAUGUGUACGUAUGUGCAUGAGGAGAUAAAUUCAUAAGUUUGUGUUUUGAGUUACAGUUCCAUCUAAGUAUUAUAUAGUUGUGUGUUUGUGUUUUUGAAUAUGUGAAUAUUGUUGUUGUUUAGUUUAAAGUAAGUCUUACUCUAGCAAACCCAUGACCAAAGGUAUUCCAGCUGUAAUCAGCCCAUCUUUAAUUUUUAAGACAUAGUGUAUUGUGAACUACAUUAUCAAAUAUAUGUUGUUUUUUUCUAUCUAAGAUAAUAGGAUCUGGUGUGAGAAAAAUUUGGCUGAUAUUUCCAGCAAGUCAAAUGACCAUGAGGAGGCUUGCUUAUUGAUUCAUGCAUGGAUGUUUAUGUAUCAAGGUGUUUAUAAAAGUGUGUUUGAGAGAGAGAGAGAGAGAGAGAGAGUGUGUGUGUGUGUGUGUGUGUGUGUGUGUGUGUGUGUGUGUGAGUGAGAGAGAGAGAGAGUGUGUGUGUGUGUGUGUGAGAGAGAGAGAAAUCAAUAUAUAAUGAAAAUAAAUAAAACGUAUCAAACUUU